ACCACACUAAAGCCUGCAUCCCACUGCCCACCCACCAAUCAAUAGCCCAUCAACACACCAUUCAUUGAUUUUGUGGCCUGCACGUGAUGACGCCGAACGAAGCCAAGAACACCGGGGUCAACUGAACACUAUAGAUCCUCUGCUGCGGGUUGAGUUUCGAUUUGUGUCACAGUACACCGUUACAGGCUUAGAAUUCAAUUGUCUAAAUUUUGAUUUAUACUUUUACUCUACUUUUAUCCUCUUUUUUAAGGUAAGCACCCAAAUUACGGGAAGUAAUGCCAGGCGGCGGCACAACCACUACUGUAGCACAAUUAGCCAGCCCGCACACGCACCCAAAGAGUAGUCAUUAGUCUAUAAAAAUGCUGGGCGCCCUUUUCCGUGUGCCGUCACCAAAGGUGGCCAUCAUUUACCGUGGCCUGCCCGAGAUUCUAGGCACGGGUGCUGAUGUCCGCAACUUGUCCGCCGGAAGAGGCGUCUGCCAGCAACAAAAACCACAACAACAAUGUCACCAACGUCACCACCAAAACCUUAACGUCCUCAUCCAAAUCCACCGACCAUCCCACCGACGUGAACUGCUGUCUUGCUCCCAGACCCGGCCGGAGUGUUCCAAAUUGUCAGUACGAAACCUGCACUCGGAGCCCGUCGCCAUGUUCUACUCGAUGUAUGCUUACCUAUCCAAUCUACCGCGCCUCCAUGUCCUGGGCAUGGCGUUGGUCGCCUACGUAGUCUACUAUCUGAUCCAGGUGGUCAAGCGACCGAUUAUCGCCUGUUCGGACGGCCCGUUCAAACAGUACCUGAUCCGUAAGGUGCCCACCCUGGAGAACAAGUACUGGCCCACCUUCUGGUGUGUGGAGAGUCGGGCGCAGACGGUAAUGGCGAGCCUGCUGCGCUCGAAAAGUCUGCCGCACGUCAACUACCGCCGCGAGAUCUUGCCCCUGAAGGACGGCGGCGAGGUGGCGCUUGACUGGAUGGAGGAGGGCUGUGGCGAAAACGCACCCUGCAUUCUCAUUCUGCCAGGACUCACCGGCGAGUCCCAGGCGGAAUACAUUAAAUGCCUCGUCUUUGCCGCCCAGCAAGCCGGCAUGCGGGUUGUGGUUUUCAACAAUCGUGGUCUCGGUGGCAUUGAAUUGAAGACGCCGCGCCUCUACUGCGCAGCCAACUGCGAGGACCUCUGUGAGGUUAUCCACCAUGUCCGUCGCACCCUGCCGCCCCAAUGCAAGAUGGGCGCCACGGGUAUAUCCAUGGGUGGCCUAAUUCUUGGCAACUAUCUGGCGCGCAAGAGCGAUGAAGCCAGGAACAUCCUGUCAGCGGCCAAGAUUAUUUCUGUGCCUUGGGACGUCCACAAGGGUAGCGCCAGCAUCGAAAAGCCGGUGAUCAACAGUCUCCUGGGACGCCACUUGGCCGGAAGUCUUUGUCGGACAUUGCGCAACCACCUGGACAUCUACAGGGACAUAUAUCAGGACUCGGACAUCGAUAUUCAACGAAUUUUACGCUGCAAGACCAUUAAGGAGUUCGACGAGCUCUUCACCGCCAAGCAGUUCGGCUAUGCCCAUGUCAACGACUAUUACUCGGACGCCACACUCCACAACAAAUUGGACCACAUCUCGGUGCCCCUGCUGUGCCUGAGCGCUGCAGACGAUCCCUUCCAGCCGCUGGACGCCAUCCCCAUUAAGGCGGCCAACCAGUGUACUCAUGUGGCGAUUGUGAUCACUGCGCGAGGCGGGCACAUCGGUUUCCUUGAGGGCUGGUGGCCGUCAACCAAGGACCAGUACAUGGGGCGUCUGUUCACGGAAUACUUUACCAAGGCUCUCUUUGACGAGGAUGGCGAGUUCCAGCACACUGCCAACAAGAUGCACGAGCGCUUCUUGGCCAAGGAGACCGUUGCUCUCGCCUCGUCGUCGCCCCUGUUGCUGGACAAGAAGCUAGAUGCCGGCCAGCUGGACCACAAGAUGAAGCUAAUGUGAAGGGUCGACAUGGAUACCUCUGCUCAUAUAUUUUUGGUAGUUGUCCACUAGGAUUUCCACAUAAAAUUUUAUAGAUAUCCGCGUAUGUAUUCCGAUAAGAAUUCGGCGAUAGAAGAAAGUAGAUUUUCAAACGCAUGUGAUAUGAAACGUUGAUCAAAA